CUAAUCCAGAACAUUAAAGAAAGUUCUAAAUUAUUUUAUUCUUCUUAAUAUUUAUUGAAAGUUUCGUAAUAUGGACCGUGGGCAGUUUCUUAUGCGAUGAUCUAUAUUCGAGAUACUUUUUCAUUCGUUUUUAAUCUCAGGAAAUGAAGUGAAGAAGCGAAAUUUACUCUUGUUUGUUUAUAUAAUUUGUAAGGCGGUCUUUAUAAAGGUAAUGUAACCAUUGUGCGACGAUGAAAAUAGCAACCUGGAAUAUCAAUGGAAUUAGAUCAUUGAAGAAAAGCAUAGCUUGUGUACUCAAUGAUUUAUCCAGUGAUGUAGUGUGUUUCCAAGAAACGAAAGUAUCUCGAGGUCAGUUACAAGAAAACACUGCUCUCAUAAACGGCUAUACAUCUUAUUUCAGUUAUCCUAGAAAGCAGAGUGGCUACUCAGGAGUGGCCACAUAUUGCAGUGAUAGUUUUACCCCUGAAGAUGCUCAAGAAGGGUUGUCUGGGGUUCUUGCAUCUGGAAACUGUGAUUGUUUGCAGAGCUUCUCGUCUGAUUUUGAACCUUCUUUGAGUGAUCUGACAGAGUUAGAGUCUGAGGGAAGAGUAAUUAUCACUUAUCAUCUUAUUAAGUUCAAUGAUGAAAUUAGACGAUUAGCCAUCAUCAAUGUCUAUUGCCCUAGAGUGGAUCCUGAUAAGCCUGAGAGGCAUCUGUAUAAAAUGCAGUUUUGUUUUCUGCUUGAAGCAAAGACAAAAGAACUUUGUAGUAAUGGCUGUUUUGUAGUAAUUGUUGGUGACAUGAAUAUUGCUUGCUGUCCUAUUGAUCAUUGUGAUCCUGGAGAUGAAAAGGAAUUUAAUGCUUCUGAAGCAAGACAGUGGCUGAAAUAUUUUUUGUCAAAUCCUGUUAAUUCCAUUGAUGGAAACAUUUGUAUAGUUGAUGCUUUUCGUCAUUUUUAUCCAGAUAAAAAAGAAGCUUAUACUUGCUGGAAUGUGAAAACUGGUGCAAGACUUACUAAUUAUGGGACUCGAAUUGAUUAUAUAUUAUUGAGUAGUAACCUGUUACCACUUCUGGAGAACUGUGAAAUAUUAUCAGACUAUGAUGGCUCAGAUCAUUGCCCUGUGACUGCAGUUUUGAAAUGUGACUCAGUUUCUGAAAAAUCUGUACAGUUACCAUCGAUAUGUACUCGUUUAUGGCCAGAAUUUUGUGGUCGUCAACAGACACUUCAGUCCUUUCUUCAAAAGGUGCAGAAUACUGCAGACCAGGUUACUAAGUUUAGUGACAGCAAGGUUCAAUCAUUGCCUUCUAAAAAUAAACUUUCACAGAAAAAAAGUGCUCAGAAGUCAAUUAAAAAUUUCUUUACUAUUACAAAUAAUAUUCCAGAUCAUAAUACUAUGAAUAAAACUGACAUAUAUGAAACAGAAAUAGAGCAGUCUGAUCAAAAGUUAGAUAAAGAAGCUGCAUCAAGUGACAGUUUUGAAUUAAAUUCUUUGGGAACUGAGUAUGAUAAAUUCAGUUCAUCUCCUAAGCUUAAUCAAGCCAUGGAAUGGAAAUCAGUAUUUCGAGGUCCGCCUAAGCCACCUUUGUGUUCUGGCCAUAGUAAAGAAUGUGUGUUGAGAACAGUUAAAAAGAAAGGACCUAACUGUGGACGUCAGUUUUUUAUGUGUGCUCAGCCAGCAGGGCACCCUUCAAAUCCUGAUGCAAACUGUAAUUUUUUUAAAUGGGUUUCUGCUCCAAAAUUCAAUGUUUUGAAAAAGUCUUGAUUUUGGCAAAAAUUAUAUAUGUAUUUUAUUUUUUUAGAGUAGAUUUUAUUUUUAUAAUAUUAGAAAAAAACUUUCAUUUAAAUUUAUUAAAAAAUAUUUUUAAUUAACUGUGAAAUGCAUAUGUAUUUGUAUAUAAACUUUUGUGAUAAUGAAUAUUAAAGGAUUUCUUUACAAGGGUCAGUUUAAAAGACUUUAGCAUUCAGUACAAAAGAUUUAACUGUAUAGGUUAGCUUUUCUCAACCAGAGAUCCCAGACACGUUAGUAUUCUCCAACAGACUGUGAGAUAUUCUGUGAGAAGUAGUCAUGAAUUGUCUAAAUUUAUGAUAAAUCAUAAAUAACAUUUAUACAAGGCUUUUUGAAACUUGAAUAAUAUUUAGGUAGGUCCAGAAGUAAAAUUUUUGAGGAAUUUUGAUUUGAAACUAGAGGAAUCUUUUAGUUCAUAGCCAUAUAAAGAACCUUUUUGAAGAAUUUAGAUGUUAGAGACUUUAAAUUGACAAUUACAAAAUAGUAUUUCAAUCCCUGUGAUUUUUUUAAGUUCUUUUCCUAGAUAUAUGUUAUUAAUUACAUAAAAAGUUAAAUUUUAUGCUUACAGAUGCACCUUUCAUCUACAGUGUUAAAAACAUUUUCAUAAAAUCUUCUAUAUUAUUUUAAGAAGUUCUUUAUAAUUGGAAGUAUUUGUCUAGGAUCAAUAUUUUAAGGGGGAAUGCCACAUAACUAACUUUUUUAGAGCACUUUGUAUACUGAACAAAAAAAUCUAAAAGUAUAGAGAAAUCUUAAAAGCGGUAGUUGUUUUUUAAUGUUUUUUUCUUUCAUUAUAUACAUAUGUAUGUAUGCAUCAUUUAAAAAGUCUUCUUGUAUCAAGUUUUAAGGAAGGACCAUCUUUUGAAUCUAGUGUACAUGUAUUCAAACACAUCUUUUCUGCUGUGUUGAAAGAUAAUGUGUGUGUAAAAAUUUAGAAAUUGUUGACAUAGAAAUAUAUAAAGAAGAAGCCUGUAAUCAUA